AGGAGCGCAGGCUGUUGGCGGUGAGGCUGUAGAGGAGAGUCAGUGUGAGAGGAGAGGAGCUGCACACACACAAACACACACACUGACACGCUCACAGACACCCCCGGAGCGACACUAGCCUCCGGAGCUCACCGACAGCUCUCUGCUACUCUUCAGUAUUGUAUCUGACCGUAACAACAAGAAGAUGCCGCUGGGUGACGAAUGCCAUGCAUGGAAAAAGAAGACCACAGAUGUGAAGGAGAACUAUGACUUCAAAGAGAUCCUGGGAACGGGAGCGUUCUCCGAGGUGGUCCUGGCUGAGGAGAAGAGGACUCAGAGAUUGGUGGCUAUCAAGUGCAUCCCUAAGAAGGCGUUAGAGGGCAAGGAGAACAGCAUUGAGAAUGAGAUAGCCGUCCUGCACAAGAUUAAGCACGCCAACAUUGUGUCUCUGGAGGAAAUAUUCGAGAGUAAAUCACACCUCUACCUUGUCAUGCAACUGGUGUCUGGCGGGGAACUCUUCGAUCGCAUCAUAGAGAAGGGCUUCUACACAGAGAAAGAUGCCAGCAAACUCAUUCAGCAGAUUUUGGAUGCAGUCAAAUAUCUCCACGAUAUGGGAAUUGUGCACCGGGACCUCAAGCCGGAGAACCUGUUGUACUACAGCAUGGAUGAAGACUCUAAAAUCAUGAUCAGUGACUUUGGUCUGUCUAAAAUUGAGGGAUCUGGCAGUGUGAUGUCGACUGCCUGUGGAACACCUGGAUACGUUGCCCCUGAAGUGUUGGCUCAGAAACCCUACAGUAAAGCAGUGGACUGCUGGUCCAUUGGUGUCAUAGCCUAUAUUCUGUUGUGUGGUUACCCUCCCUUCUACGAUGAGAACGAUGCCAAACUGUUUGAGCAGAUCCUGAAGGCAGAGUACGAGUUUGAUUCUCCUUACUGGGACGACAUCUCUGACUCAGCAAAAGACUUUAUAGUCCACCUGAUGCAGAAAGACUCGAACACACGUUACACUUGUGACCAGGCGCUGCAGCACCCUUGGAUUGCUGGAGACACAGCUCUGGAUAAGAACAUCCACGAGUCCGUCAGUGCUCAGAUCAAAAAGAACUUUGCUAAAAGCAAGUGGAAGCAAGCGUUCAAUGCCACAGCGGUGGUUCGUCACAUGCGGCGUCUCCAGCUAGGCACCAGUCACGAGGGACCAAACCCCACCCUACCAGUGGAAGAAGGGGCUUGCUGUGAGGGAGGCUGCUCCCCGAACGUCGACGGUGGUGCCGACCCCUUGUCCAGCUGCACGUACCGCUGCCACCCGACCAGCAGGGUGUGAUCCCUGCACCUGCUCCGCUCACCUAUCUAAUCAGUCCCACUGACUUUCCAAUUUGAACCCCCACGGUGGAACCAGAGGCACCAUCUGCCCCAUUAUCUGGUUAGGAAUACAGUGUCAUUCCAACCUGUCGCCUGCAGGGGGAGCAAGCCUGUCCAGCCUGAGAAGGAAGUCAUAGAAGGUGAAAGAAAAGGAGGAGGAGGAGGGAGACUUGAUGACAAUGAUGAUGAUGAAGCACCACAGUGAAUCGUUUUUACAGACUGGGCUGAUAGUUUGGGAUGAGUUGAGAUGGGGAGACAAAGCUGAGGAGGUGAAGAUGCUCCUCCUCAACCAGCUUGUCAGGUGACAUGUUUUUGCUGCAGCAGGACAGAGCUUGUUGGACACGGUUUUUACUAAUCAUUUUUUUAUUCAACCUGUCUCUUUGUUUCUUUUAUUGUUCCUUGUUAUAUAUUGUUAUAUAUUUUUAUGUUGUCUCUUUAACCUCUAGCUGUUAGACUUUGUAGUGUAAAUCCAGAAACAGCAUCUGCAUGAUUAGAGACAUAGAUUUCCCCCAUGCAUGAUUUGUUAUCUAUUGCAGAAAUGCAGCACAGCAGUAAAAUGCAAGUGAUGGAGUGUUGUGCGCAGAGUUUAUCAAGGGUUGAUAAGGGCACAUUUUCCAGUAUACUGAAAGUAAACUGAGUUUAAUAUACAGAACGACAGUUUGUCUUAAAGUCACGCUUUUAGACAAUCAGUGACAUGAUAGUUUAUGCAAUGAAAAAUCCAUCCAUCUACUAAGUAGCAUUUCCUCUGGUGAUAUGGUAUUCCCACAAAGUGGUUGUGCUUUUUUCGAAGUUUCCCCCAAUUUCUUAAAUUUUUAACCCCGAACCUCUUUUAACACUCCAGCACAGGGAUAUACCUUCGUCUAAGGUGCCUUUAGGAUUACUAUAUAGUACAAUGGGUUAAUUUCCAGGUAGCUUCAGAAAGGUGUUGUCUCUUUCUGCAGGGUUCUUGCAGGACAGGCAUUUUUCUGUAACUUCAGAUUUUGUAUGUGUUUCAUAUUCAGCUUUAAAAUGCAGUUUGUAUGCUUUUUUGGGGUCUCAAAGUUAAGUACUGUAAUCUCAGACAGGAUGCCUGUGCACGUACAGUGCCGAUUGUCAUUACAUUCAACCGCAUAUUGUUUUCACAGCAUCUACUUAAAUAAAAAACAUUUAAGUAAAGCACUUGGAAUUAUGUUUUCAAGGCUUGUGAGCUUUACCAAGAACAGCAUUUAUUUAGAAAAAAAAAUGUGUUCAUGUAUCUAAAUACAGUUUUUGCAAAAAACAAACAAACCUGCAAACCUGAAUUGUGAGCUUAGUGAUCCUCCUUAUCCUCAGAACUAGUCCGAUUGUGGGAUUGUGGGAAUCCCCAAAAAGAAAAGCAGCAAAAAUCUGUUUUCAGGAUUACAAACAAUUUGAAUAUGCAUCUGAUUGGACCACUCCAUCUUUACAAUGGUGAAUACUGAGUGCAUUCUUCUUCUUUUUUUCAUUCACUCUUCUUCAAGGUGGCGCAGUGUGUGUUAUUGGUUUUUAUAAAGAAUCCUAUGCUUUGAAUUGUUGUUGUGGAGUAACAAAUGCAGAGGAGCUUUAUGCACAGUUGUUGUCCUCUGGGCCUUUUACAGACAGCCUGCAUGAGGACCCUCCAUCAUCUAAUCACUCCAUCCUAAACUCUGUAAGGAGAACCGUUUGUUUCUAUACAUUGAUGGAUUUAAAGCAUUGGUGUGUUCUGGGUAUAUUCAUGAUGUAGCUUGAAAUUUCUUAAAUCCCAUGAUUAAUAAUGAAUAGUGCUCCUUGUGAUGAUGUUACAGUGGCCAGCAGAUGCUGAAAGUGAUUGCAACAGGAGACAUGUUUGUCAGAUUGUCUUCAAAACAUCAUGCAGAUGAGUAGAGCAGCAGAAGUGGUAAUAUUAUUCCAACAUGACAAAGUAAUUCUCAUUGUUGCUGCUUCAAAAAGUACUUUCCAGCUUUAUUCAGCAUCAGGUCGACGUUGUAGUGUAUUUGAACAGUAAUUUGACUUGUGACUACAAACUGUAAAGCAUAUAGUCGAAAGAGUGGUCUCCAGUGAGAAAUAUUUGUACGUCCCAACUGUGACAAUGAGACACCCAGUUCAGCACAGUAAAGCACAUGCAUAGAGGCAGCUGUCAUCCACAGUCCUAUGAAUGUUGAGAGACUGAUAAUAUAUAUGGUAAAUUAUAUAAUAUGAGUAAUGAAGACAAGUCUCUUAACUUGAUUUGUUGCCACAAACACUGAUCAUUUGCUGAGUCUCCUGUGCUAUCAUUUAGCUCCCGUACCUUCUGGAGAUGAUAAACUUAUUUAUCGCAAUAAAAACACAAAGUCUUUACCUGCUAAAUACACAGGAAUGCACAACAUCCCACGUAGACCAGAUUAGAAAUGUGUGCGACAAAACUAUUUCAAGGUAUAAGGAGGGGUGAUAUUUAAAGAUAAUAAAACGGAAAAGCAAAGGUUUUUACAUUCCAGUGUGAUAAAACAAGUGAUCAUGAAAUAUAUAACCGUAUCCCAUGACCUCACCUCUCAACCACCUCGGUAGGAAAAUGGCAGCGGUGAAGUAGAAUUAUAGUUGAGGAGAAGUUACACUAACCUUGCCCUCAGAGUUGGAUGACUACAGGGUAUAUUAUGAUCAACCGCCACAGCUUCUGCAUUAAAAAUUGAUCAUUUAUACAGCAUUUUAUCCACAGGUUUUGAAGAGAGAGCAAAGAGAUUCUCUGUGUGAAGGCUUCUCCUUUAAUCGCUCAUUGAAUUAACAGUGUCUGGUGAGAUUUGUUGUAUAAAUGAGCAUUUUUACCAUUGAUAUGUUGCCUUUUAAAUAAAUGCUGUUUGGGGCUACAGUACCUCCUGUAUACACCAAUGCAAUGCAUCAGGGGUUAUUGAAAAGUGAAUAUUGCUCAGUGACAGUGUGAAAGCCAGUGAUUUUGUGCUUGGAACAUAUUUGUAAGUGAUACAUUUAAUAAAAUCCCUGUCUAUGCAUCAUGGAA